GUACCUAUCCAAUGGGAAAGUGUAGAUGUAACGCCUGUCCGAGGACCGGAUGGAAAAUUUGGCAUACCCCAAGCUGCUAUAGAUUCAAUUAAUAAAAAUCAAAUUGGUCUCAAAGGUCCUCUUAUGACUCCAAUUGGAAAAGGUCACAGGUCAUUGAACCUUGCUCUGAGAAAAGAGUUCAACCUUUACGCAAAUGUACGACCUUGUCGUUCUUUAGAGGGAUAUAAGACACUCUAUGACAAUGUUGAUGUUAUCACUAUUAGAGAAAACACCGAAGGGGAAUACUCUGGUAUUGAACAUGAAAUCGUUGAAGGUGUAGUACAAUCCAUCAAACUCAUUACUGAAGAAGCAUCCAGUAGAGUAGCAGAAUUUGCUUUCCAAUACGCUCAGGAUAACAACAGAAAAAAGGUGACAGCUGUUCAUAAAGCAAACAUUAUGCGAAUGUCAGACGGCUUAUUUUUACGAUGUUGUCGAGACGCAGCACAAAAAUUUCCAAGUGUUAAAUUUGAAGAGAGAUAUUUAGAUACAGUUUGUCUUAAUAUGGUACAAGAUCCAAGUCAAUAUGAUGUCCUUGUGAUGCCAAACUUAUAUGGUGAUAUCCUUUCUGAUAUGUGUGCUGGCUUAGUAGGAGGGUUAGGACUUACUCCUAGUGGCAAUAUAGGUUUAAAUGGUGCUUUGUUUGAAUCUGUACAUGGAACUGCACCGGACAUAGCUGGUCAAGAUAAAGCCAAUCCCACCGCUUUGUUACUAUCUGCAGUUAUGAUGUUAAAACACAUGGGCUUAAAUGAUCAUGCACGAAUUAUUGAGCUUUCUGC